AUGUCUGAACAAUUCAUCACAUUGAGCUACUACCUGGCGCCUGCGCUGAUUGUUUACGCGCUGUACCUGUCAAAACACAAACGCAAGCAGCAGAAAAAUCGCGCUGUGUUCCAAGAGGCCGUUGAAACCGGCAUGACGUCACCGCCUUCACUGCAUCCUGUCGUCGAUAAGGCCCUGUGCAUAGGCUGCGAGGCCUGCGUACAUGCGUGCCCGGAAUUCCCCGCACAUGACGUUCUGGGUGUGAUCAAAGGCAAAGCCAACCUGAUAUCACCCACCGACUGCAUUGGCCAUGGCGCGUGUAAAACCGCCUGCCCCGUCGGUGCAAUAUCGCUGGUGUUCGGCACCAGCGAGCGCGGUGUGGAUAUACCCAACAUUUCACCGGAAUUUGAAACAAACAUUCCCGGCAUCUACAUUGCAGGCGAGCUGGGUGGAAUGGGACUCAUUCGCAACGCCGUGGAACAAGGCCGUCAGGCGCUGGAAUACCUGACCGCACGCAAGCGAAAGCUUGAAGGCGGCCUCGACGUCGCGAUCAUCGGCGCUGGCCCGGCAGGUUUUGCCGCAACCCUGGCCGCCCACGAAAAGGGUUUAAAGUAUGUCACCCUCGAACAGGACGCUUUAGGCGGCACGGUAGCGAACUUUCCCCGCGGCAAGCUGGUCAUGACCGCCCCUGUAGAAUUACCGUUGUAUGGACAAAUGCGCUUCCGGGAGACUCAAAAAGAAGACCUGAUUAAUUUCUGGCACAAAGUUGAAGAGCAGACAGGCAUCAAUAUUCACUAUUCAGAGAAACUGGAAAACAUUGAAACGCUGGACAACGGUUUUCUGGUCACCACCACUAAAAACAGCUACAGAGUAGCCUCGGUUUUACUGGCACUGGGGCGUCGUGGUUCGCCCCGCAAGCUGGACGUACCUGGCGAGGAACUGCCUAAAGUCACCUACAGCAUGAUUGAUCCGGCCGAGUAUGCGGGUAAACGUGUUUGUGUUGUUGGCGGCGGUGACAGCGCCCUUGAGGCCGCUUGCGCGAUAGCAGCAGAACCUGGCAGUCAGGUGCUCUUGUCGUAUCGUUCCGGCGCAUUCUCCCGCGCCAAACGCAAGAAUCGUGAACACGUUGAGCGGCUCGUGAACGACAACACCAUACGUGUUGAACUGAACAGUCAGGUGACUGAGAUAGCACAAGACAACCUUACCUUGAGCUACGAACACGAUGGCAAGGGGGUCACCGAAUCUAUCGGCAAUGAUGCCGUCAUCAUCUGCGUGGGCGGCAUUCUGCCAACGGGUUUCCUGAAAGAAGUUGGCAUUACCGUGGAGACUAAAUUUGGCAGCGGUUCCAUCACGAGGAUUGUCAUGGCGCUGAUCCUGACCUGGGCUUCAGCUGGCCACGCCGAUACGUCUGCAGACGUCAAACAGAUGCUCAGAUUAGGAGACUACGAGCGCGCGGCGCAGAUACUGCAGAAUAACAGCGAAGACCCGCAAAACGUCUAUCAGCUGGCACAGAUCUACCAACAGGAAUUGCUUAGACCACCCGCCAAAGAUUCAGCGUUUCAGCUGUUCAAACAGGCCUCUGAUGCAGACCAUGUGCAAGCCACUUACCAACUUGCAAAGCACUUUGAACGCGGCGACGGCGUACCUCAAGACCUGGCCAGAGCCCGGGCCACCUAUCAAAAGGCAAUGGAUCUGGGUCAUCCAAAAGCCCACCAGGCCAUGUCCCGUAUAGCUGACUCAGUUGCGGCGCCCACUUUAUCCGUAGAUGAUGCCUUGAGUAGUUGCGAUGAAACCGUAAUUACAACUGCGCUCGCAAGCAGCGGCUCGUUUGAGCAGAACUGGCUGUUCCGCGCCAUUGAUUGCAAUGGCAGCACCUCACUCUACACCGCCCUUAUAGAUGCGGGCGCAAACCCGAACGCCCGGGACAAGCACAACAAUCUUGUUUUACAUCGUGCAGUGGCGCGGGAAGCCGUUGCUGCGGCUAUUGUGCUAAAAAAUGCCGGUGCGGAUACAAAACAGAAGAACGACCAGGGCUGGUCUGCCGCCAUGCUGGCCGAGCGCUCCGACAAUCCCAGGUUACGCAAAGCAUUUAACAAUGCUAACAAACAACCUGACACAACCAUCAGCACCGAUUUGUCUGUUGCAAGCCGCGAGGCACGGUUCAAAGGAUGGUCAUCCCUGCACAUUGUUGCGUGGCGGGGUGACAUCAGACUUGCAGAGAAGUUAAUCGCCGACGGCGCUGAUGUUAAACAAGUUGAUACUACUGGCGUUACUGCGCUAACCAGAGCUUUGCAGAAUGGCCAUGCCGAUAUGGCAAGCCUGUUACUGGAAAACGGCGCCGUGUUCUCAGAAGCAGACUUCGAAUUUAUCAGCGCAAUAGAAAAUCCGCGCCUGAUCCGCAGCAUGGCGACCGCUGCAGACGCAACCAGGGCAGCGUUUGUCUGCCACAGCCUCAACCAAGGUGAAAACCAGAUACUGGCUCUGUUACCUGCAGACACCAUUGCCAGUGUGAAUCUAUGUGGUGAUAAACCCGCGCUUGUCUUGGCUGCUCGAAAUGGCGAUAAGCAAACUGUUUCCCAUCUGUUAAACAACAAACCAGACGUUGAAGCCACAGACCCGCUGGGCUGCACCGCACUUUGCUGGGCAGUUAAAGCCGAACAGGAUGGCGUUGUCCCUCUGCUCAUCUCGCAUGGGGCAAGCAAUACACCCGAUCAGCAUGGCGUCACACCGCUGAUGUGGGCUGCUCGAACCGGCAACCUGCAGGCAACCCAGCUGCUGCUGUCACAUGAUCUGGAUGUGAAUCAACAAAGCAGUUCUGGCUCUCACCCAUUGCUGCUGGCGGCGACCGCAGGCCACACUACAAUUGUUGAAUGUCUGCUCGAUCGCGGCGCCGACAUCGACCUGAAAAACUCGCGGGGUGACACAGCUCUGAUCGCUUCAGUACAAGCAGAUCAUUAUGAAACAGCUAAACUUCUCAUUGGCAAAGGUGCAAGCACCCGUGCGAAGAACGCUAUGUUUGUCAGCGCACGCGAAUUACUGGCCACCAGCUUCCCUGCCGAGGCCAAAGUGUUUGUGUUUAUCCGCGAAAAAGGCAAAACCAUGCCGCUCGCGGUAGAACAGUUUGCACCCCAGGAUCUGCCUGUUCAGGUGGGCUUUUCAAAACCUGAAGCGUCGAUCACCACCAUUGAAGCCAUUGCCCGCCUCUCCAUGACCGGCGCCGUCAUGAAACACCCCAAUGACCCGGAAGUGAUCAGUGAACCUCUGAGCACACAAAACUAUGCCCGCACCAUUCGUCUGGUUAUCCCCCAGAACGCGCUGGCGGACGCAGGCCCGAACGACGCUGCGGUGCGAGUGGCGGUAACAAUUCCGCCGCAGGUGCAAACCAGCCCGACCGCAAGAUUGUUUGUGAUUGCCAAGAUGGAAGACGGCUUGAACCCGAUGCCCGUGGCGGUGAAGGCUUACAAUAUUGACGACAUACCGGAAGAAAUUGUGCUCACCGACCGCGAUUCAAUGAUGUCUGUUGCACGUUUAAGAGGCGGAUACUCAGAGAUCUGCACUGAUGCAUCGGCUACCCGGGUCCCGCGCGUGAACACAUAUGCCAUAGCCGACGUUGUUGCGAGAACCGGGCCCAUCGUCACCGUCAGAACCGGUGAAAUGGUGACCUUUGAUGGCAGCAAGUCUUAUUCAUCCUCUUCAAACCCGCUGUCUUAUCAGUGGACACUGCUGUCUCAACCAGCCGGCAGCACAGCAGCAUUUCAAGAUGCCAGAGUCGAAAGUCCCAGUUUCAUGGCUGAUGCACAGGGCACCUACGUUGCUGGGCUAGUGGUCAGUGCGGAAGGCAUUAACAGUAGCCGGGCAAUAUCACUUGCGACGGCAAGCACACCCCCAGAACAACCGGGCUUUCACGAUGGACUGUCUGCCGAUUGUGCAAACUGCCACGAAGGCAAUGAGCAAGGUAUUCCAGUAAAACCCGCCAACCACAUUGCGACAACACAGGUAUGUGCAACCUGUCAUGCCGCGACGUCGACCGGAUUUUCAACGCUGCACAAGGUUGAUCACAGCGAAGUGUUUGGCGCAUGCAGCGAAUGCCACAAUGGCACUCUCGCGAUCGGUAAAUCUGAUACACAUAUACCCACCAAUGGUGAAUGUGAUGAUUGCCACACAACCAGCAGUUUCCUGGACAUCGGCGCAAACGGCGGUUUCGAUCACACAGGCAUCACCAGCGGUUGUACGGAUUGUCACAACGGCAGCAUCUCUACAGGCAAAACCCCGACACCCCCUCACCCGGAUACCGGUGCAGAAUGUAUAUCCUGCCAUACCACUGACAGUUUUCUGAAUGCAUACCCCGACCACACCAGCGCUGCCGUGCUGGAUGAGCGAUGUGAUUCCUGCCACGGCAUCUCAGCGACGGGACCGACCAUUGGACAUCCAGAUACAUCUGUUGAUUGUGGCUCUUGCCAUGGGGUUGCCACCUUCAGCCUGAAUGGCGUGUUUAACCACCGAAUCGACCCGGCACUACAAUCCUGCGAUUCGUGCCACACCGACACCAAUUCUAUCAACGCACCCGGCAAAGGCGCCGCUAUACCCAGCCAUAUUGCGACCAGCGAAGACUGCGGCAGUUGCCAUAACACAACCGACUUUGCUGAUGCGUUUGUCGACCAUACCGGGAUUGUCGACAACUGUGCUUCCUGCCACGGCGUCACCGCGAGCGGCAAACCAGCCAACCACAUGCCCACGCUGGAAGAUUGCAGUGCCUGCCACACGCCGGGCACAUUUGCGACAGGCGUGUUUGAUCAUCUGAAUGUGGUCGACACCUGCGAAACCUGCCACAACAACACAAUCACGCUGGGCAAACUGGCUGACCAUCUACCCACCAGUGAAGAUUGCUCCGCCUGCCACACAACGGCCACAUUCACCGGCGCAACGUUCGAUCAUGCCGGCAUAGACACCAGCAACUGUUCUGCCUGCCACGAUGGCAACAUCAGCCUCGGCAAACACACUGACCAUAUUCCUACAUCGCUGGAUUGCUCAGCCUGCCACUCGACCAACAAUUUCACGACCUUUGCGGGCAUUACAUUUGGACAUGAAGGCAUUGACCCAAAUAAUUGCGCAAGCUGCCACAGUAACGGUCUAGCCACGCCAAAGAUCGACAAUCACAUUCCGACCCAGCAGGAUUGCAGCAGCUGCCACGACUCAACCAGUAUGUUUGUGUCAAAUACAUUCCUGGUGACGCAGCACCAGGACAUUACCCGAGGUUGCGAAGGCUGCCACACAGGGCAGUUUUUCCCCGACGACGCCGGCCUGUUUAAAGCAGCAGAUCACCUGCCCACAAGCCAGGACUGUGCCCUAUGCCACACCAAUACAACGUUUACCAAUUCGAUUUUCAGCCACGAGGACAUCUCCGGCAACUGCGCGUCCUGCCACAAUGGCACCAGUAACUUUGUUGCCCUCGGCGCACUGGGCAAAACAUCUACCCCGGUACACAACACCACCACACUGGACUGCUCCGCCUGUCACAACACCACAAAUUUCGCGGAUGCUUUUGUUGAUCACACCAGCCCGGCCGUUUUGUCAGCGACGUGCGAAUCGUGCCAUAACGGCAUAGACGCCACCGGUAAAGACGCCAAAGUUAACCCCGCCCACGUGAUCACGGAUCAGGAUUGCAAUGUUUGCCACACAGCGGGCGGCGCGUUUGCCCCUGCCAUUUUUGAUCACACCGGCAUUAACAACAAUUGCGCUUCAUGCCACAACAAUGUGGACGCCAUCGGCAAGGCCGCAAAAACGAAUCCUGAGCAUAUACCCACGAAUGACGAUUGUUCAGUCUGUCACGUCACGACAUCAUUUGCGCAAGCAAACUUUGACCAUCAGGGCAUUGUUGGGGAUUGUGUCUCCUGCCACAACGGCACCACAGCUAUCGGCAAAAUGAGCAAUCAUGUACCCACCAACGCCGAUUGUGUGGAGUGUCACCAGACCACAGGCUUUGUACCCGCAACGUUUGAUCAUAUCGGCAUCGUAGAUAAUUGUUCAUCCUGUCAUGAUGCAGGUUACGCCACAGCAAAAAGCUCAACGCACCUGGCCACCACUCAGGAUUGCAGCGUCUGCCACACUACCCGUGCCUUCACGCCAGCCAAUUUUGAUCACACCGGCAUCGUCGAUAAUUGUGUCUCCUGCCACAACGGCACAACCGCUAUCGGCACGGAGGCGAAAACCAACCCCGACCAUAUCGCCACUAGUUUAGAUUGUUAUGCCUGCCACACAACGGCUACAUUUGCUGGUGGCUCCUGGACCCACGAUGCAACCAGCGACGGGCGUUGCAGUGACUGCCACAGCGAUGGUGGUGGCGCGACGUUCAAACCGGUUGACCAUCUGCAAACCGACGUGCAGUGUGAUACAUGCCAUGUCACCACAGGCUGGGCGCCUACCAACUUCAGCCAUGAUCCCCAGGGCAACUACCCUGGCGAUCAUCGCCGCGACCCCGGAUGCACAGGCUGUCACGGCCCCAGUGUGAACGCUGUGUUUACGUAUCCGUCAGAGCGAUACGCACCCUUCUGCGCAGGUUGUCAUGAGCGCGACUUCGAACGUAAAGGGGAUCAUAUUGGCGGUGAAAACGGCACCGUCGAGCAGAAUAAAGAUUGCAGCAAUGGCGGACGCGGCUGCCAUAGAGUGUCGGAUCGAAACUUUGACUAG